AUGGCCCCGGAGCGCGGAUCGUCUUCGUCCCAGGGAUCCCUUGAGAAGUUUCCUGCGCCAGUCCCCUACGAUCAGCAUCAGCAUGGCCAGUAUGGACCGACAUCAAGCUGGACCGAGUCUGGAUCGUCUCCCAUGCCGUCCCCCGGCUCGCCACUAGCCAAGCGGAUGGCGGACUUGAGUUUGCUUCUGUGUCCUUGUUGUGGGUUUGGCCUGAGGCCACUGGACGGAUACCAGCAGCUUCCUGAAGCGCCACCGGUGGUGCAGGGCCCAGUGAGCCCGUACAUGGUAGAGAAACCGCCAUCCAUGCAAAUCCCGGCCUCUGAACCUUACGGAUCCGCGAAUCUGGACCUGACACAGCAGACAACGUUCCCAUACGCUCAAAACGGUCUAACUUCGCCACCUCUCACCGGGUUCCCUCUUAUUCCAGAUCAACCAACGCUGACGGUUCCAUUGAUCAAUGGCACUAACUCGGUACAGCAUCAUGGCUUACCAGUCGCCGACUAUUACGCCAGCCAAACCCUGAAACCAGACCCAGAUCUUCAGAAUCAAUCCGUUUUGCAACCCGACCCAAUAGUGCCUCAAGACCUGUCCGCAAUCCAAUAUGGGUCUGAUCUUGGCCUCGUCGUUGGGCAAGAGAUGACACAGCAAGCCAUGGACACUGCUGCAAACAUGUCUCAGUAUAGCCUUGUGCCGGCGGGACAAGUUGAUGAAGCUCUUUCUCAAGCCGUACCGGUGAAUGGCUGGAGUGAUGUUUCUUUGUUGGAUCAGCACACAAACUUCGACAUUCUUUUGCCAAAUCAGCGUGGGGGGAAACGCGGACCGUUCAGGGAUCUGAAUCUCCGUGAACAAACGGCUCAAACCCGGAAGAUCGGCUCAUGCAUUAGAUGUAGGAUGCAGAGAAUCCGCUGUGAAAACAAUGAUGAUGAGGAGGGUGGCCCAUGCUUGACCUGCAAAAAGGUGUCCAACUCUAGGGCGGGCCGAUUCCCGUGUCUAAGAUACAAAAUCACCGACAUCAGAUUGUUCAAACCCGGUCAAGUUCCCGGUUUUGAGUGGACACGGAGGUGGAAUAAUAACAUUUCGGAUCCGAUUCAGAAUUGGGCAUCGGAGGACCUCAAGACCAUUUUUAUUUCGGACGGCCUCUCCAAUAGGUUCGUUGAGGUUCAAGUUCGUCGCUUCAUCCCCCAAGCAGGCGACAAGCUCGAGCGAACGUGGGACUUUAAGGGAAUGAAGAAGUCGGUCUCAAUUCCGCCCUAUGCCCUGGUGAAGCUGGAAGAUGUGAAAAAGGCCUACUCCGAGCACAUUCAAGAGAGCAUGCGUGAGGCCUUUGGAAGCCUGUUGGGCCCUCCUGAUAGCCUCUUGUACCAGACGUAUGACCGGGCGUGGCGAAUAUUCCGCGAUCCAUCGACCCCCAUGGAGUGUCUGGAUCUAAUCGGUCGGACGCUGAUGCUCUGGAUGUCGAUCCGUCUGACGACAAGAUCGAGCUUCAUCGUUGGGACCGAGACGUUGGGGAUGCCCCGAGACAUUCUAGAUGAGACAAGUCCAAAUCACGGCAUGAUCCCGCUCCCACCAGUGCUCGGGGCGCAGCUGGAUCUCGUCUUGAUUCACCACAUUCAGACAAGACUCCGCAGAGAACUGCUGGACAGGCUUCAAAAGACGAUACAAAAGAACAAGCAAAGCACAUGGCUGGUGACUUACCUUGUGACUUUUAUUCUUUUGCACAACACGGCUCUCAUUACUGGACACGACGCCGGCUACGCUAGGAAGCACGGCAUGAAGCGACGAUUCGCCCGAGAGGACAAGGUUAAAGAGUAUCACCUGGGUGCCAACAUUCUCCUGGCGCAUUUCCACUACUGCAACAAGGGCAUCUAUCCUUUUUCUGAGGGGUGCAAAGACCAGGACCUGAGAACCCUGGCGGGCUUGGAUGAGGAGAAGAUCCAGUUCGUCCACGCCACUAGGGCCAACGCUAAGCAGAAUAAGCGAGAGUGGGAGGAACUCCGGGAUGGCGCGACCUAUGAAGAUGACUUUUUUUUCGUAAGCCAGCUGUUUGAGGAGAAUUGGCAACCUCGCACGACGCUGUGA